GUUACACUGGUGCUAAGUUGUUUUACCCCGCAGCUCGGCCCCUACCAACAUCGCUACUCUGGAAUUUAUUCUAGUCAUUCCUGUUUUACGUUUGAUGUCUUAACCUAAGGAUGACAAAGUUUUAACUACAUAGAGGCUCUGGAGAAUUUGUCCCAGCUUUAAUAAAGGAAUUGCUUUUUUCUUAGACAUCUCUGGCAUACGGAACGUCUCCACUUUGGUCAUGAUCUAUUUCGUCUUAUUUUUUCUCUGUGUAUGGCGAAGUUCGCUAGGCAAGGACCAUCAUACCAAAGGCAGACUGAGUUCACCAGUGCUGGAUGUGGAGGGAAAGGAGCUGGUGAUGGAGGCAAACCAUACGCUGCAACUUCACUGCAGGGGACGAUGGGAGCUCUCAUGGGCAUUUCCUGUGGGCCUGGCAAAGGAGCAAUCUAGCAUGGUGGUGGUGCAGUCACGCUGUGGGAAACAGGAACAUCUGUACUGCAGUCGACUCACGCUGACCUCCGCCCAGCCCCAACACACUGGGUCCUUCCGCUGCAGGUAUCGACAUAAGAACAGGAAGCAGACAUCGCUCUACGUCUACAUCAAAGGCAGUCAGCAGCCAUUUGUGGAGGUGCAGACAGAGAUCCCUGAUGUAGUAUACAUGAAAGAGGGGGAACCCCUUGUGUUCCCCUGCAGGGUCACGGCUCCACACAUACCUGUGUCUCUAGUCAAGUUUCCUGAACAGAAGCUGAUUCCAGACCAGAAGAAUAUAAUUUGGAACAGUAAACAGGGUUUCAUCAUCCCAAACCCUACAUACCACUACAUUGGCCUCUUCUCCUGUGAGAGUAGACUCAAUGGGGUUUUGUACAGUUUGAAAUAUCUGACCCACAGACCAGUCAAUAAGAUUCUGGAUGUGUACUUGAAUAGCACAGGCCCUGUUCGUCUGCUACGGGGCGAGAGCCUUGCACUAGGCUGUACUGCCACAGCAGAGUGGAACUCCAGAGUGUCCAUAAGCUGGACCUAUCCAGGGCAGGCUAACAGCUCAGCCUCCAUCAGCCGCCGUAUUGCUAAGGGGAGCUCCAGUGUGAUGUUCCACAGCGUUCUGUCUAUUGGACAGUUGAGCCGAUCUGACCGUGGUACCUACACCUGUCAUGUCAGGAGUGGCCCCACCUUACGUGAAACCAACACCUCUGUCAUUGUCUAUGACCGCCCCUUCAUUCGGCUAAAGCACAGACAUGGCCCCUUGGUUGAUGCACUAGCUGGGCAGAAAUUCUACCGGCUAUCCCCUAAACUCCGCGCUUUUCCCAUACCAGAGAUAAUUUGGCUGAAGGAUGGACUGGUGGCUGCAGAGAGCUGCUCUCGUUAUCAUGUGGAAGGCAGUUCACUCCUCAUCCGUGACGUGGCAGAAGAGGAUGCUGGAGUCUACACUGUGCUGGUGGGAAUCCAGCAGUAUGGGCUGUACAGGAACCUCACUCUUUCACUUGUGGUGAAUGUAAAGCCCCAGAUUGGGGAGAAGGCGGUGUCCCUGCAGGAUCCAGGGACAUACCGCCAUGGGAGCAGACAGACCCUGCUCUGCACGUCCCAGGGGUUUCCUCCACCCCAAAUACACUGGCUUUGGCACCCGUGUCCAGAGAAAGGCCCGUGUGAACUGCCGUCCAACACAAAGAGACAUCCCGUUAUCAUGAAAACCAAUGUCACGUCUAGAGAGAACGCCAUCCUGAGCAUCAGUCAGAGGCAGGAAGUCCUAGAGGGGAAGAAGAAGACAGUGGGGGUUCUUAUGGUGGCUCAGGCUGCUGUAUCUGGAGUGUAUCGUUGCAUCGCUUCCAACCAUGUAGGAAAAGACAAGCGAGACAUCUACUUCUAUGUCACAGAUGUGCCCAAUGGCUUCAGCAUUGAUCUGGAAGAAGAGCCAAGGGAGGGCAAUGAUGGUCACUUGGCAUGUACUGCCAAUAAGUUCCUGUACACUGCACUCUCUUGGAAACGGGCGAUGCCCACACACACAGUCAUGCCAGCCAGACCCACCCCAGACAUCAUACCCAUUCUCAUGGCCACUUCCACAGCACCUGCCCAGGACAUUGCUGCUAAGCCCACAAGACCUGCCCUGGUCACGAAGCUGUGGAUGGGGGAAUUUUCACACACUCUUUACCUGACAUUGCCAAACCUGACCGAGCAAGACUCUGGCACCUACAUCUGCAUUGCCCAGCACUUGCUCUCUGGGGAGGAGUUACACUUGGAGACGCAGUUGAAGGUUAUUGCCCUGGAGGCCCCUGUGCUGCUGCAGAAUCUCAGUGACUGCAAUGUUAAUGUCAGCAGUUCCAUCACCCUGUCCUGCCCCGCCUUUGGAGUGCCACGACCACAGAUCACAUGGUACAAGGACCAACGCAGGCUGCAUCAGGGCUCUGGUAUCAUGUUGGCUCCAGGAGGUGGAACCCUGCACAUUGAGCGAAUUACAGCAGAGGAUGAAGGGAUGUAUACCUGUGAGGCCACUAAUGAGAGAGGAUCUGUGGAGAGCUCUGCCUACAUCUGGGUUGACGAUUCUGCUACUUCAUAUCUGGAGAUACCCACACUUACCUGUACUUGUGUGGUUGCCACUCUCUUCUGGCUGCUGCUUACACUUUUCAUACGGAAACUCAAACAGCCAAGUUCCCCAGGUGUCAAACCAGACUACCUGUCAAUCAUUCUUGCGCCAGUGGAGGGGCCAUUGGAUGAGCAGUGUGAGAGCUUGCCUUAUGACCCUGGUCAAUGGGAAUUCCCUCGAGAUCGCCUCAAACUGGAAAAGCCUCUGGGACAUGGUGCCUUUGGGAAGGUCAUGCAGGCAUCAGCCUUUGGUAUCAGUAACUCCAGCAGCUGUAGGACUGUGGCUGUGAAAAUGCUGAAAGAUGGAGCCACGCCCAGUGAGCAUAAGGCUCUGAUGACUGAGUUGAAGAUCCUGAUCCACAUUGGGCACCAUCUCAAUGUGGUCAAUCUGCUUGGAGCUUGUACCAAACCAGGAGGGCCACUGAUGGUGAUAGUAGAGUACUGUCACUAUGGUAAUCUGUCCACCUACCUGAAGACCAAGAGGAAUGUGUUCCUGCACAAGCAGAACCAUGUUGGGGAGAGUGGGGAGAAGAAGAGGCUGGCCAGUGUGUCCAGUAGCCAGAGCAGCAUCAGCUCUGGUUUUAAUGAUGAGCGAGAAAACACAGAGGAAGAGAAAGGCUCCCUCUCAGAAUCUGGCACCUGUCUGCAUCUGGAAGACCUGAUUUCCUACAGCUUUCAGGUGGCCCGGGGGAUGGAGUUCCUGUCUUCCCGCAAGUGUAUUCACCGGGACCUGGCUGCCAGAAACAUCCUUCUUUCUGAGAACAGCGUGGUGAAGAUUUGUGACUUUGGUCUGGCACGUGAAGUCUACAAAGACCCUGACUACAUCAGGAAGGGAGAUGCCAGGUUGCCACUGAAAUGGAUGGCCCCAGAGUCCAUCUUCGACAAGGUUUUCACCACCCAAAGUGAUGUGUGGUCCUUUGGUGUGCUUCUGUGGGAGAUAUUCUCCCUGGGGGCAUCUCCAUAUCCUGGUCUCCAUAUCGAUGAAGAGUUCUGCCACAGACUCAGGGGGGGCACCCGAAUGCGUGCCCCUGAAUACAGCACCCCAGAAAUUUACAGCAUUAUGCUGUCAUGCUGGAAGACAAACCCCAUAGAGCGCCCCACAUUCACAGCACUAGUGGAGACCCUGGGAGACCUACUUCAGCAACGUGUGCAGCAGGAUGGGAAAGACUAUAUCCCCCUUAACUCCUCCCUGGCCAUGGAUGGCACUGCACUGACAGAGGUCAACAGCAUGCAGCUUGACAUGAACUGCAACAGCAUGGGAAGUCUAAGAUUUAGCAGCCAGUCCUCAGCUAGCCUGAUCACAUUUGAGGAGCCACCAUACACAGAUCCUCUACAUGGAGAUUACCAGACAGACAGUGGGAUGGUUCUUCUUUCAGAGGAGUUACAGUCUAUGAAGUGGAGUGACAGGAGUAUGGAAGUGCAUUCAAACAGGUUCCUCGGGGGCAGUCGGAGCAGGGAGAAUCUCCCAUCUGCAGUUGUCCGGCCCUGUAUAUACAGCCCCACUAUUGGCCAUGAGGAAGAGCGGCUUUCUGUGUUUACUUGUGAUUGCAAUUCUCAGGUGUGCUGCACUCCACCUCCAGGCUACAGUUCUGCCUUACUCUGCCCUUCUGUAUAACAUCAGCCUACACAGCACACAAGACCCACAUGAUUUGCAUAACACUGAAAACCCACACCACCUACAUACACUAUAAGGCCAACAGUAGGGAGACACGUGACAUCCUACAUCUCAUCCAGAAUUAUGGGCAUUAAUACAGAGUUGGUCCACCCUUUGCUGCUAUAACAACCUCCACUCUUCUUUGAAGGUUUAGGCCUAAUACUAGAUUUUGGAGCAUUGCUUGCUUCCAUUCAGCCAGAAGAGCAUUAGUGAGGUCAGGCACGAAUCAUCAGAUCAGUCGGCAUUCCAAUUGAUCCCUAAGGCGUUGAAUUUGGUUGAGGUAGUGCUCUGUACAGGCCAGUCAAGUUCUUCCACAACAUUCUCGACAAAAUCAAAUCUAUAUGGAGCUCACUGUGUGCCUGGGGGCAUUGUCAUGCUGAAACAGGAAAGGGCCUUCCCCAAACUGUUGGGCAAGCACUGAAUAGUAUAGAAUGUGAUUGUAUGCUGUGGCAUUAAGAUUUUCCUUCACUGGAACUAAGGGGCCUAGCUGAAACCAUGAAAAACAGUCCCAGACCAAGGGGUGUCCAAAUACUUUUGGUCAUAUAGUGUACCACCACCUGACAUGCCCCCAUCACCUGUCCAAAACCAUCUGACCCACUCCAGACCAGGCACCUCCUCAGCCAUAAACACAGACUCCCCACACCUCCUCAACCAUAGACACAUUCCACCCAUACCUCCUCAGAUGUCUCACACUACCUCAGCCAUAAACACAGACUCCCCACACCUCCUCAACCAUAAACACACUCCCUGCACUUCCUCCACAAUAAAAACACAGGUGCUGCACAUCUCCUACACAGUAAAACACACAUUCCCAAUAACUAAUUCACCGCAAAACCCUGAUGCCCCACACCUACUCAGUAAAACACAGGCCCCACACCCCCAACACAGCAAACACCAUUCAGAAAAUGGGCUGAUGUGCAUAGCACUUGGAGCCUGUGUUCUCCCCAAGGAAAACAGUGUGCAGCUUCGCCAGAGCAGCUGAAAGGAAUUACCAACAACAAUGUGUACCACCUGCUGUGUUACUAUCUGCUGCUUAAUACAACAGUAUUAAUGUUAUUAUUAAAUAAUGUAUUGGUACUAAUCAUUAUCUUUGUAACAGUAUAGCAAUAUUAUAACAAAAAGAGCAAUAUGUUCUUACUGUAAACACUGUAUGCUGGAAGACUGUUAUUUUUAUAUCUUAUUUUUAAAAAGCGAAUUAUUUUUCAUAUUUUUAUUCUUAAUAAUUUAAUAGAACACACAGAGUACAGGGUUGCUGUGGUUCUCAGUCUGCCAUCCUGUUCAUUUUAUGUCAUGUCUGUAACCAACUUGCUGAUGUUUCCAUGUGUAACACAUUACAUAAUCCAUUUUAUUUAGUGAUGUCUGCAACCUACUCUCUGAUGUGACCACAUGGAAUAUGAAAGCACUGGACCUAUAUCUUUUAGUAUAAUAACCUAUUCUCCAAUAUAUUAUCUUCUGGAGCACAACAUCAUAAGAUCUCUUCCUCAUAGUAAGGUCCAUAUUGUACUUGUGCUGUAUGUUACCACAUGUAACAGGGCAGCACUGGAUUAUCUGUAAACCACACAAACCACUUCAACUGUAGCAUGUGUCAGUAUUCCCCCCAUGUCCAUUGCUGGUCUUCUGAAAACCAUUAAAAACAGUGUCUAAUGAAAAAAUCUACAAAAUGUACAUGUACAUCUGCCCUAUCUCUGCAGAUUUCACUCCUACACAAGCCGUGCGCCAGCACCCACCCACCCACAGCCUAGCUGUAGUCUGUCCCAUCUCUCACAGUGGCAUGUAUGCUAGUUUGCCUGAUCCUGCGAGUUUGGCAGCGCUAAUGCACUGCGGUUGGGUGAUAGCCUAUAGAAAGACUAUGCUCAGAUGCUAAGACAGCUGUUUUCAGUUCAGAAGACCUUGUUCAUUUUGGAAAUUUGGGGUGAAAUGUAAUUGGAAAAUCAAUUUUUUUUGUUUAAUGAAAACUAUAAAGCAUAACCAAUAAACAAAUUUAAAAAACUGCUAACAUCA